AUGCAAAUGGCACAUUUUAGUACGUGGACUGCCUUCAAAAUAGAAAAAAAAUAUGCCGAACAAUGGGGAUAUUACCCGUCGCAAUCGGGUUGUUCCGCUGUCCUCAUCUCUACUGUUGUCACAAGAGUUGAUGAUCGCGAUUAUACAAAAACCAUUUCUCCCGAGUACCAAUUCACUGUUGAGCGUCAUCAAGAAUCACUUUUCUAUGAUUUAAUACGACGAAAUGGUUUUGAAAACGUUAGUUCGGAGAGAUCUGAUAAUACUCAUCAAUACAAUGCUGAUGAUAGCGGUGGAUACCUACGCGGUGAAUAUAAGGUUCCAAAAUGUGAGACGAGCAUUUUUAAAAAAAAGAGCAACUGA